AUGAACGUGACACAAAACUCUUCAAACGCACAAAAUGUCACAGUCUUAUCAGAAGAGCCUGUGCAGCUAAAUUCAGACGAUGCUACAUGGAUUUUAACGAGUGCUUUCAUUAUAUUCACAAUGCAAUCUGGGUUUGGACUGGUAGAGUCAGGUUUAGUUUCCCAAAAGAAUGAGGUAAAUAUCAUGGUUAAAAAUGCUGUUGACGUCAUAUACGGGGGACUUUCCUAUUGGCUGUACGGAUUUGCUUUCAGCUUCGGCGUCGCUGAAGGCACUAAUGGAUUUACAGGUGUAGGUCACUUUGCGAUGGACGUGGAAGCCGACCAGGGGGAUGUGUUCGCAUUGUAUUUCUUCCAGAUGUCGUUUGCCACAACUGCUACAACUAUUGUAUCAGGCGCAAUGGCGGAAAGGACUCAUUUAAAUGCGUAUACAAUUUACUCUUUCACCAACACCAUAUCUUACGUCUUUCCUGCACACUGGCUUUGGGGUGAAAAAGGCUUCCUCAAGGAACUUGGAGUAAUUGAUGUCGCAGCCUUCACCUGUGGUGUGUCGUGUUCUGUAGGAUGCGCAGGGGUGCACUUAGUUGGAGGUGUCGCGGGCUUGGUGGCUGCGAUAAUGCUGGGACCUAGACUGGGACGAUAUGACAAGUCAGUCGAAAGAGGCAAGCCUGGUUCGCUGACCAAUGUGAUGCUCGGGACAUUUAUGCUGUGGUGGGGCUGGCUGGGGUUCAACUGUGGCAGCACCUUUGGAAUCAGUGGAUCAAAGUGGCUGCUAGCCUCUAGAUCAGCGGUAGUGACGCUGAAUGGUUCCAUUGGAGGGGGGAUCCUGGGAGUGAUGUACAGUUUUCUGUACCGAAAGAGGAAGCUGGACGUAGCGGUAUUCAUAACCGGUGUAUUGGGGGGUCUGGUUGGUAUUACCGCUAUCUGUGCCGUGUGCCGUCCUUGGGAGGCCUUCAUCCUUGGAUUCAUUGGAGGACUGGUAGCUUGCGGCAGUUGCGACAUUAUCGACAGGUUUAAAAUCGAUGACCCAGUGGGUUGCAUAGGAACACAUGCCAUGGCGGGGAUCUGGGGAAUGAUUGCAGUUGGUUUGUUUGUCGAAGAGGAACCGCUGGAAGGAUUUUCAGAAGUCCGUGGGCUUUUCAAAGGUGGCAGUAUAAAACUGCUUGGUGUCCAGAUCCUGGCAUGCGUAGUUGUUGCUGCUUGGGCUGGAUCUACAACAUGGCUACAGCUGUUUCUCAUCAACAAGAUCCUACCAAUCAGGCUUAGUUACGACCAGGAAAUAAUGGGCGCGGACAAACUUGAACAUGGCAUCGACUACAAUGACUCUGAAGAUGACUCUGCAGAUCACGAAGAUAAUGAGUUGCCAGGGGAGGAGGAUGGAACGGACAGCUUCAGGGAUUACAUCGCAUGUGAUGCUUCUGCUCGUGGCUACAACGCCGAAAGGGAACAAAUACUUUCCAUUCAGAAUCUCCCGGGUUGCGUCAACUAUGGUCUUGAGGAUGACACACUGAGCUUAAGCAAAGGAAAAAUAAAGAUGGAAGUUGGAAUACAGGUGGAUUUGGAUCGCCCGUGACUUUUCGCUGACUAUUUGUUUGUUUGAUGUAUAUGUUAAAGCCGCCAGGCUUAGUCUUACUUUGAUUCCUGUUAAGUAAAAAGCCAAACACUGAUACCCUUGGAUGCAGCUGCCGUACCUGAAAUUUGAAUAUGCCUAUCAGGAUUCAGUAGGCGAAAAAAACUGUACUGUCCUGACGAAGUCUGACGUCAAGUUACGUUAACAGGAAAGGCACUAAGGUCGGGCAUCUUUUCUCACUGAAGACGACGGUAUUGAAAGGGAUUCAUAAUGCCAAAAACUGUAUCAGAUCGUGUGAAAGUGGAAAAUAUGAAACAUUUUGUGUCUCUAAGGUAGUAAUUUGGCGCCAAAAAUAUAAUGGGUCGCCCGCGUCUGGAAACUCCCUCGUCGUUCGUCGAGUAUUGUUAGGUAGGAAAAUAGUCGGGUUAUUUUGAACAAAAUAAAUUGUUCUUUGUCAAGAGUUCUAGUGCUAAGUAUUAGAAGAUGCAAAAGCAAGUUUAGCAUUGUCUUUAUUUUUGUUUGCUGCGAAGAAAAUUACUAUUAUCAAGUCUUUUCUGUAGGACAGUGCAGUUUUGACAGCUGCUUGUAUUGCCGGCGCAGCCACCACAUACAAGGACCUAAUAAGGUCUAAAUCGGAUGCACCUUCAAAUGCAACAAAUUUAGUAUUCGACGCAUUUUAUGACACAGUUGAAAUGCCAAAUGUAUUAAAAAUACCAAAGGUUUCCGUAUAGAUAAGGGUUGUUUACAAUGGAAUGGAAUCGUGGACAUUUGUCAGAACGCGUACGUUCCUGCAAACUUUGAUGUAAAGGUGCUUCCACUUUGACGUUUACGGUAGGCUUUUGACCAUAUCACUACAUUCCCACCAUAAUGUCCUUUUAGAAGGUGUCUAUUGACAAUACUGUAAGUCGACUUGUCUGUUCACAAUAGCUGUUCUAUACUAAUCUACCCUAUUUGCAGCUUCUAAUUAAACUUAACAGUGAAGACCCCUGAUCCAUUUCAAUAACCAUUACCAGCACGCCAUUUUCUUCAAAGGAAUAACAACUUGCAUAUAAUUACGCACUUCAUGUAAAACAAAGUUUUUGGAUGCAAAUAAAUGGUUUCUUUACUUCUCUAUCUUGUUGACUAUCUGUGUGUUUUCACAUACAAAUAAAAUAAAAGAAAUUGCCGUGCCCUGGCUCCAUUAUCUGGAUUGUAAAAAGAUCGCCCGAAAAGAACACGGAACGUAAAGAGCUGUUAGUCCUUGAGGGAUCGGUUUUACCAUUUCUGAUUGCUUUCUUUAACUUUGCUAUAGUUUUAAGGUUUUUCACCCCCCACCCCCACCCUGCUUUUUAUUUUUUUAUUUAAUGUCUUGCAGUGAUGGGAGCAUGCCUCCCUUUACAAGAUCCCAAUAAUGUAGACGUAGAUAGUGAGAGACACAAGCGACAUAGUAGCCGGAGUUUCGUGUGUCUUGUAUAAAUUACUCACGAACAAGGCAUGGUUUAUCGGUAGGUUCAAAUGCAACAGAUAAUUACAAUGGGAGUUUUUUCAAUGUCACAUCACAGCUUGGCCUUUAAGUGCAUUAGUUAUUAUCUAUCUUACUGCUGGGCUGGAAAUAUAUUUAUAUUGUU